AUACUGAGUAGAUUUUUGACUUUUCUAGAACCCGUACCGGACGCAAAGACUGGUUUCCAACAAGUGAACGAACACACGGACGCGGACUUCGCUUUCAUACAUGAUUCGGCUGAAAUAAAAUACGAAGUAACAAGAAAUUGCAAUUUGACGGAAGUGGGCGAGGUAUUCGCUGAGCAGCCGUACGCUAUAGCUGUCCAGCAAGGGUCCAGGUUGCAGGAGGACCUGUCCAGAGCACUGCUGGAGCUGCAGAAGGAGAGGUUCUUGGAACAGCUGGCUUCUAAAUAUUGGAAUGAGUCGGCAAGACAAGCCUGUCCUGAUGCUGAUGAGUCUGAAGGAAUCACUCUUGAGAGUUUGGGUGGAGUAUUCAUAGCAACGCUCUUCGGUUUAGGACUAGCGAUGCUAACUUUAGCAUGGGAAGUUUUCUACUACAAACGAAAAGAAAAGAAUAAAGUCCAGAGUUUUAACUCGAAACCAGAAAAAGUAGCCUUUGAGUCUAAGUCUAGUCUAGAAUCGAAAGUAGCCCAGUCUGUAGCGAAAAUCCGAAAAAGGGGGAAGCUUGGUAAGAGGGGCAAUGUCGCCAAAAAUGUCACAUUUGGUGAUAGUUUCAAACCGGUUUCCGAAAAGGGUGUGUCUUAUAUCAGUGUUUUUCCAAAGGAUUAUAGGCCUUAGUGGCGAUGUAGAGUAUUUUGAGCACUUUAAAACAAAACACGCUUUUAUUAGACAAAGCUGAAACAAACUAGAUCAAUAGGGAUGAUGACAGGGUAUGAAAAUUAAAAA